CACCAAAAGCCAACACAAUGAACUUUACCCUUUCCCUCCUUUCCGCCAAAACCUCAACAACCACAAUCACCAUCACUCAAUUCCCUGAAAACCCCAAAACUCUAAUUCUUGAGCAAUGCAAGACCACCAAGGACCUCAACCAAAUCCAUGCUCACCUGAUCAAAACCCGCCUUCUUUGCAACCCAUCCGUGGCCGAAAACUUGCUCGAAUCUGCUGCCAUGCUAAUCCCCGAACCCUCCAUGGACUACGCCCUCUUGAUUUUCGACAAACUCGAUAAACCCGAUUCACCAUUAUACAACAUCUUGAUCAGAGGCUUCACAUUGAAGCAAAACCCUGAUAGAGCCAUUCUUUUGUUCAGGCAAAUGAUCGAACAGUCAGUACAACCCGAUGAAUUUACCUUUCCUUCCGUUCUGAAAGCUUGUUCUAGGUUAAAAGCUUUGAAGGAAGGUGAACAAAUCCACGCCCGGAUCCUGAAAUCUGGGCUUGGGUCUAAAGAGUUUAUUGAGAAUACUCUGAUUCAUAUGUAUGCCCAUUGUGGUGAAGUUGGGAAUGCACGGAGAGUGUUUGAUGGGAUGUGUGAAAGAAGUGUGUUUACUUGGAAUUCGAUGUUUUCGGGGUAUGUUAAAAGUGGGUACUGGGAAGAUGUGGUGAACUUGUUUCGUAAAAUGUUGGACAUGGGUGUUCGGUUUGAUGAGGUUACAUUACUAAGUAUUUUGUCGGCAUGUGGGAGACUGGGGGAUUUGGAAUUGGGGAAGUGGAUUAAUGAGUAUAUAGAGGCAAAUGGACUAAUGGGGAAUCCUAAUUUGGUUACUUCUCUCAUUGAUAUGAAUGCAAAGUGUGGGUGUGUGGCCAACGCUAGGACUUUGUUUGAUCAGAUGACUCAGAGAGAUGUUGUUUCAUGGAGUGCCAUGAUAGCUGGUUAUAGCCAAGCAAGCCGGUGCAAGGAGGCACUUGCUUUGUUUCAUGAGAUGCAAAAGGCCAAUGUGGAACCCAAUGAGGUUACUAUGGUUAGUGUACUUUCUUCGUGUGCUGUACUUGGAGCUCUAGAAACUGGUAAAUGGGUCCAUUUUUACAUAAGAAAGAAAAAGUUAAAGCUUACUGUUACACUUGGGACCGCACUGGUUGAUUUCUAUGCAAAAUGCGGGGCUAUAGAAAAUGCAGUUGAAGUGUUUCAGAAGUUGCCUUCGAAAAAUUUAUUGUCUUGGACGGUGCUAAUUCAAGGUCUUGCUAGCAAUGGACAAGGAAUAAGGGCUCUUAAGUUCUUCAAUUUGAUGCGAGAAAAGAAUAUCAAACCAAAUGAUGUGACUUUCAUUGGAGUUCUUUGUGCUUGUAGUCAUGCGGGUCUGGUUGAUGAGGGUCGGGAUUUCUUUGUCAGUAUGACUAGAGAUUUUGAUAUUGAGCCACGGGUUGAGCAUUAUGGUUGCAUGGUUGAUAUACUUGGUCGAGCUGGACUGAUUGAGGAGGCAUAUCAAUUCAUAAAGAAUAUGCCUAUUAAACCCAAUGCCAUUAUCUGGAGAACAUUACUAGCUUCAUGCAGGCUUCAUAGGAAUGUUGAAAUUGGUGAAGAAUCCUUAAAGCAUGUAGUGAGGUUGGAGCUUGCAAAUAGCGUUGAUUACAUACUGUUAUCGAAUAUUUAUGCCUCAGUAGGUAGGUUGGAAGAUGCAUCAAGCGUGAGAAAUCAGAUGAAAGAAAGGGGAAUUAAGAAGACACCUGGAUGUAGCUUGAUCGAGUUGGAUGGAGUAAUUCAUGAGUUUUUGGCUGAAGACAAUAAACACCCUCUCUCGGAUGAGAUUUAUACAGCAACCGAGGACAUGAUUAAUCAUAUCAAGUUGGCUGGCUAUGUGCCCAACAUAGCAGAGGCAAGACUAGACGCUGAGGAGGGCGACAGGGAAGCUUCAGUAUCUCACCAUAGUGAGAAGUUGGCCAUUGCUUUCGGGCUUAUUAGGACUUCUCCGGGGGCAACAAUAAGGAUAACAAAGAAUCUCAGAAUAUGCAGAGACUGCCACAGUGCAGCAAAGAUGGUAUCAAAUGUUUUCAAGAGAGAAAUUGUUGUUAGAGAUAGGAACCGCUUCCACCAUUUCAAGGAGGGGUCGUGUUCCUGCAAUGAUUUCUGGUGAUCAUGAGAACCCUGUUUAUGCAGCUGAAUGCUGUGUUGCUCGUGAUCCUGCGGUUUACAGAUUGGUUCUGAUAUCUGGGGUUGGUCCUGUACAGCACAAUGGUAUACCUCAAGGUCACAAUUUCAGAAUUAGGGUUUUGAGAGCCCCCUUGUGCCUUGUUGUAGUUGCUGAGAACACUCAAUUUGUGACAAACGAUGUGAAACGCCUCACGUUGUCUCGUUGCACAGCCCGACUCUUAACCUUAUCAAAGGAAAAUCGAAUAAAGAAUGUGUUGUUCCGGAA